CCUCACACUUACUGUCAUGGCUUCUCCCGUGAAGGGGGACUGACUGGUGUUGGUGAAACUCGCUGCUAUCAUUUAUCGGUUUUAUACGUCUUUGUACUUUAUUCCAAGCAGCUGGAGGCGGCUGAAGAGGCGCUCGGGAGUAGACAGUCGACAUGGGGUUGGUUCAUGCUAAGAGUCUGGAUCCUCUUCCAAUGCAGGGCCGCGAUUUGGGUGUCAACGCUGAUGACUUGAUUGAGACUCCAGAGCCUGAGCAGGAGACCAAGCAGGAGAUCCUGGAAAACAGAGAUGUGGUGGUUCAACACGUCAACAUCCAGGGUCUGGGAAGAACUAAAGAGGAUCUGCUCGGCUACGAGAUUUCUGAUGUUUUUCAUGCCAAGAACCUCAUUGAUGUUAUGAAAAAGUCUCACAUUGCCAGACAGAGGCUGCUGCGGCUGGGAAUCUUCAAAGAGGUGGAGGUGCUUAUUGAUACCUCAGAAGGUGCAGACGCUUUGCCAAAUGGCCUGGAUGUAACAUUUGAGGUGACCGAGAUAAAGAGACUGACAGGAAGCUACAACACUAUGGUUGGCAAUAAUGAAGGAAGUAUGGUGCUGGGUCUGAAGCUGCCCAACAUGUUCGGUCGAGCUGAAAAAAUCACCUUCCAGUUCUCCUACGGGACCAAGGAGACAUCCUAUGGCUUAUCCUUUUUCAAGCCCCAGCCCGGAUUCUUUGAGCGCAACUUUACCUUCAACAUGUACAAAAUCACCGGCCAGUUCCCAUGGAGCUCAUUAAAAGAAACCGAUAGAGGCAUUUCUGCAGAACUGAAUUUUCCCCUCGGAAAGACCAACCACACACUGAAGUGGGAGGGUGUUUGGAGGGAGCUGGGCUGCCUGGCACGCAGUGCUUCCUUUGCCAUACGAGAGGAGAGUGGACAUUCGCUGAAAUCUGCCCUCUUGCACACAGUGUCCAUCGAUUCAAGGAAUUCAGCCAUCUUCCCCAGCGGGGGUGCCUUACUUCGACUCAGUCAGGAGCUUGCCGGUUACACAGGAGGAGACGCCAAUUUCUUGAAAGAAGAUUUUGAGCUUCAGCUCAACAGAGAGCUCUUCUGGGACUCGGUCUUAUCUGCUUCUCUGUGGGGCGGGAUGCUUUACCCUAUUGGAGAACAGCCGUCCUGUAUCGCUGACAGGUUUUAUCUUGGGGGUCCCACCAGUGUGCGAGGAUUUGGAAUGUACAGCAUCGGGCCACAGAGUGAAGGUGAUUACCUCGGUGGAGAGGCGUAUUGGGCAGGUGGGCUGCACCUCUACACCCCGCUGCCCUUCCGACCAGGAAAGGGUGGCUUUGGAGAUCUUUUCCGAACGCAUUUCUUCCUCAAUGCCGGAAACCUCUGCAACCUCAACUAUGGGGAGGGUCCUCGAGCGCACCUUAAACAACUGGCUGAGUGUAUUCGGUGGUCAUAUGGAGCAGGAAUUGUGCUGCGCCUUGGGAACAUCGCCAGACUAGAACUCAACUACUGUGUACCCAUGGGAGUUCAAAGUGGAGACAGGAUAUGUGACGGUGUUCAGUUUGGAGCUGGGAUUCGUUUCCUGUGAUGUCAGCACUCCCACUGCCCUCAGGGCUCCAUGCUCAGCUGUGAUGUGAAAACGGACAGUCUUCUUGUUUUGGGAUUUGUUUUUUUUUACUGAUAGCCUUUUGUAGUGUAACACUAGCACGGGUCCUGUGUCUCGUGGAAACACACCUGACCCUAGCAGCUCUUCAGUAUGUAACAAAGACAAGGACCCUCUGCUGAGCCUCAUGAAAAGUCAACUUUUACACAACACGUUCCUUUUUUCCUUGAAAAAACCACAAGGCAUAAGAAUCACAAAUUACACAAAUGCGCACUGGGGACAGAGUUCUGACUUCUCCUACAUACACAUAGUCUAAAUAAUUUUCUAGAAUGUGACAAAUGCUUGUCGACCAACUAGCUAAUAAUUCAGUGUGAGUGUUAAACAUACACCAGCAACUCUUCUAACAUAAGGUGUCUGUGACUGGAUGUUUGCAGAGGUAUUAACACCCAUAUUGCACAGGGAACCGGUCUAUUACAUUCGCCCACGAUCUUAAAAAAAAAAAAAGUGUACAAAUAGGACGAAACGGCUUACUUUGGCUUGCCACCUAACUGGCUGACUUAUAAAGUGCAGACCUGGCAACUGGCUGGCUUAUAAAGCGCAUACGUGGCAACUGCUCGAAAAAUGAAAGAACAGCUGUGCCCGGCUGCAUUCUCGGCCAGAAUGGCAACAAGCGCUGCUUUUGCUUCAAAUUUUUACCCUGAUGGUGCACAAUCAAACAAGUGUCAAGCUAUACUCACGACAACUAUCCAUUUUAAAGAUAUUGGACAUGAUCGAAGCUGUUAAGACUGUAAACACCUGGAAGUGAUGGUGGAAUAAUGCCGAUUUGGCGAAUCAGGAUGAAAUUUUUCAACAGCUCGAAAACUUGAUGGCUGUAACUACUGCGUACACCAAGUUUGUUCAAGAUUGACAAAAGAUGGAUCAAGAAAAGUUACUGUGAUGCUUCAAAAUGUGCUCCAAUUUGCUAUUUGGGAAGAAACGGCCCUCUAUGUAAUAGGGGUAUAAAGGAACAAAGUUAGAAAAGUCACGAUUUUUUUCUCUUUAUUUAUCUAAAGUGCGGUGAAUGAAGGGACUCCACCAUCACGUCAAAGCACUUUAUUCAAGUGUAACAUCAGUGACACCGGGCUGAUGUGUCAUCUCCCAGUUCGGCAGCAGGGGCAGAAGCCCUCGAGUAAAAUCAACCAACAGUGCACUUCUUUUUAAUGUUGGUGAAAGUGUUCACAAUGCUGCAGUAUACAGUAGAGGCCCCGGUGGCCUCAGAGCCUUUAUAGCAAUCAAUAUGUUAUAUAUUAAGAAGAGAUUGGGAUAAUGUCUUAACAGAUGUUCUGUAUUUUGGCACUGUAAUUCAUUUGGCAUUUCUUAGUACGGUACUUUUGUGAUUGUGUGUACAAGUGAGGUAUGAAGGUUGGAAGGCGUGUUGGAUGAAAUGUUUUGAGCCUCACUAUAACUGGAAUUAGGUUCUUUCCCAGUUAUUUUUCCAAGUGGUCCAUACAUUUCCACUGGCACUGCAGUUCUGUCGUGGAAUCGAGAAAUAAGACACCUUUGGUCAACUUUCCUGGGCCUUUCACCCUGAUAGCCUCACAAAGCUAAUCUGGUGAUGUGUCAUAGUGCUUGCUGUUAACAUUAUGUUCAUUUGGAAGGUAGAGCAUGGGAAUGUGGAUUGUUUGUUCUUGUCAAUCAAUGUUGUUGAACGCGAUAUUCACGUUGGGUUUGAGUAUUUUUAAUGAAUCAAUGGAUACGUCCGCAAGAAUCUCCAAGGUGUCAGUUUCACUCGCCUAGCGACAAUGUUCGCCCCUCCAAAUUCUUUGGCGGUGGAAUGUUGUGAAGAUGUGCACUGGAUAAACCCUUUAAAAUUCAAAUACUUUCAAGGUCUUGUACCAAAUGAUGUAGUGAAAGGAAACCGAACAGUCCAGUUGUUUAUCUGAAGGAUUCAAAUAAAUAUAUGCCAUAUU